AUGUCCGAAUCAAACUUUUACUUCCGCAUCGCGACCGCAGAAGACACCCCCAUCCUCAAACAACUCAUCGAAUCCGCCUUUCGCGCCGAAGAUACCAGACAAGGCUGGGUUGGCAUUCCAGAACUUGCAUCCGGAUUCUCAAUCGAAGAGAAGCAGAUUGCCAGCGGCGUCGCAGACCCGAAUACCGUGUUUUUGAUUGCCAGAGACGAACACGAGCACCUGCUUGGCACUAUCGGUGCAUCGAAGCGUGGGUCGGAGGUUGCUCGUCUGUUCAUGCUUGCAGUGGAUCCACGUCUUCAUCGUGGAGGAACAGGGAGAGCUAUUCUGGAUUACGCAGAGCAAUACUGCAAGCGCGAGUGGAAAUCGCGCGUGAUCAGCCUUGAUGCUCUUUCGACUCGCGAGAGUCUUAUCGCUUGGUACUUGCGGCGUGGGUACCGUCAAACAGGCGAGACGAAUCUUUUUCCUCGGGAGAAAUGUAAGGAUUUGGAUUUGCCCGAGGAUUUGCACUUUGUUGAACUUGAGAAGGAAGUUUGA